GUGCAGGUGCUGAUGGGCAUGAUGGUAGAGCUGUUAUGUCGGAAACGAGAGAUGCGUGUUCUGGGGCGACUGGGAGAAACGGCAGACAUAUCUCACCACCUCGAUAUCAUGACCUUACUUCGCUCAAGCGUGAUCACGGACAAGCUGUUGCCCAAAGGAUGAUGAAAUUGAGGUUGGUGCGUCUUGAGGAAUUACGAAGCGUCGGGGAACAAAAAAUUAAUCUUGCAGAAUCCGGGAAGGCCCUGGUAGAAAUGGUGCUGGGACGCGAAAUGGAGGGCAAGCUUGUGGAAGACGGGAAAUUUACUGGAUGCAUUGGCCGUGGAAUGAAGACAGAAUCUAAUCGUUCAAUAAUCAUCCAUCAACUCGUGGGUUCUGAUCAGUACCAAGAUUGAUGCUAUGCAGAGCUGCCUUUCGUUUAUUCAUUGACCGGACGCUAUUGAUUAUCUUUGCACAUGCGAGUAUCAACAGCUAGGUUCCAUUAUCGGUUGCCAGGAUCUAACACUCUUCUCCUUGUUGCAUCCACCGAACGCGAC